GAGGCAGCAGCAACCCGAGCCUUCACCCCAAAGCUAAGCAAUUGCCCGCUGCCUCCGUACACACGCCCCGAGGUGCGGGACUCCAACAGCUCCACAGGGGGAAAGGGAGGGCAGCAGCAGGGCUCCAGGGAGGGGGGCCGCCGUCGCCGCCUCCGCUGCUGCUGCUGCUUCUCGGAAUGCAGAAGCGGCGUGGAAGCUCCGCCCGGGGCGAGCCUUCUCAUCGCCCCGCGCUCGCUUUUGUUCCCGCCGGCUGCCGCUGCCGCCGCUGCUGCUGGAAGACCUUAUAUUAAUUAACAUCUGGUGAAGUGGGAAUUAAGCAAAAGCCAUGUUGGAAACAAUUGAUAUCCACAGAGCCCUCCAGGCAGUAGAACGCCUGCAAGCAAAAUUACGAGAACGUGGUGAUUCAGCAAAUGAGGAGAAAUUAAGUUUACUAAAAUCAGUACUGCAGAGUCCUUUAUUCAAUCAAAUCCUAAACCUACAAGCUUCUCUUCCACAGUCACGAGAUCAGGUGAACCUUGCACCUUCCAUCUCCUCAUCUGGUGAGCACCUGCAACUUUCCCAUCAUGGUAGUGUUGUGGGCUCCUCACUACACAAUGACUCCUACUUGAUGGCUCAAGAGAACAGUAACCCUUCAAAUGGGCUAGGAAUUGUUCUCCAGUCGAUCAGUCCUCAGAUUAAUGGGAAGCCUGCAAGCGAUGAAUUUGAACUACUGAUCAGAAAUAUGGCACAGGGUCGACUUGUUGAGACAAUAGAACUUUUAAAACCUCCAAGCGGUGGGCUUGGUUUUAGUGUAGUUGGCCUGAAGAGUGAAUAUAGAGGUGAACUCGGUAUAUUUGUGCAGGAGAUUCAAGAUGGAAGUGUGGCACAAAGGGAUGGCAGAUUGCAGGAAGCAGAUCAAAUUCUUGCUAUUAAUGGGCAAGCCCUUGAUCAGACCAUAACACAUCAACAGGCUAUUGGCAUCCUACAGAAAGCCAAAGAUAGUGUCCAGUUAGUUGUGGCAAGGGGCCCUUUGCCUCAGCUCAUCAGUCCCGUAAUUUCUCGAUCUCCGUCAGCUGCUAGUACAGUUUCAGCCCAUUCAAACCCGGUACAUUGGCAGCAUGUGGAGACUAUUGAGUUGGUGAAUGAUGGAUCGGGUCUGGGAUUUGGGAUAGUAGGAGGAAAAUCAACUGGAGUGAUAGUUAAAACCAUCCUUCCAGGCGGAGUAGCUGAUCGGCAUGGUAGACUGUGCAGUGGAGACCAUAUUUUGAAAAUUGGUGAUACAGACCUGACUGGGAUCAGCGGUGAGCAGGUGGCACAAGUCCUGAGGCAAUGUGGAAACCGCGUCAAGUUGGUGAUAGCUAGAGGUCUAAUUGAGGAGGCUGCUCCAUCAACAGCAGCUUCUUUGGGUACCCCAGUGCAAACAUGUAUGAUGGAAAACAAGAAAUUGGAAGAUACACCAAUUGAGAAUGUUGAAGAUGGGAACACAUUUGAUGUGGAGCUUACAAAAAAUUCUCAAGGGUUAGGAAUAACAAUUGCUGGCUACAUUGGGGAUAAAGUAUCAGAACCUUCUGGUAUUUUUGUAAAAAGUAUCACAAAAGACAGUGCAGUUGAGCAUGAUGGUAGAAUCCAUAUUGGAGAUCAAAUUAUUGCUGUGGAUGGAACCAAUCUUCAAGGUUUUACCAACCAGCAAGCAGUGGAAGUUUUGCGACAUACUGGGCAAACAGUCCAUCUGACUUUGGUACGAAGAGCAGGCCUGAAACAGGAAAAUCACACACAGUCUCAUGAUGACUUCAGUGAUGCUGUUGAAAAGGAUUCAAUUUUCCAAACAAUGGAUAUUGGCACGAACACAGAAAGCUGCAAAAGAGAGGAGGAUUCUCCAUUAAUGUCAUGCAGCCCCAGUGAGGUUCAUUUUGAAGAAGAUAUUAAUAUACAACAAACAGAUAUUCAGCUAACAUCCCUAGAAGAAGAAAUAUUGCUGAACAAAUGGCAGAAGAUUUUGGGGAAAAAUUACGAAGUUGUGGUGGCGGAUGUGAACAAGUUUAGUGAAAGCAGCGGACUGGGGAUUAGCUUAGAAGCUACAGUGGGACAUCAUUUUAUUCGGUCUGUUUUGCCUGAAGGGCCUGUUGGACGAUGUGGCAGAUUGUACAGUGGAGAUGAAUUACUAGAAGUAAAUGGACAAUCUUUGCUUGGAGAGAAUCACAAGGAUGUUGUAAAUAUUUUAAAAGAGCUUCCUGUCAAUGUAAGAAUGGUGUGUUGUCGUGCGGUUCCACCUGUUACUGAGGCAGCAUUGGAUGAGACUCAUAUGUUAGAGCAGUCUCAUAUAGACCUUGGUGGACUCCUUGGUGCUUCAGAGACAGAAGAUGCUAAGCUGGAAAUAGCUAACGUAAGUCAGAAUACUGAAGAGGUACAAGGAUCUUCUCUGGCAAUGUGGGAGACAGAAAUACAACAAAUUGAGCUGGAGAAAGGCAGCAGAGGUCUUGGCUUUAGCAUAUUGGAUUAUCAGGACCCAGUGGACCCCGCAAAUACAGUGAUUGUGAUUCGCUCUCUAGUUCCUGGGGGCAUUGCCGAGCAAGAUGGCAGGCUCCUCCCGGGAGACAGGCUUAUGUUUGUCAAUGAGACCAGUUUGGAAAAUGGUAGCCUGGAGGAAGCUGUGCAGGCCCUGAAAGGAGCACCUCUGGGAAUGGUGAAAAUAGGAGUUGCCAAGCCAUUGCCUCUUUCACCAGAAGAGGGCUAUGUUUCUGCUAAGGAAGAUUCCUUUUUCUACACUGCCCAGUCCUUUGAGGGGGAAGGGCUAACCGAUUCAGCCCUCUUCCGUGCUGAGCUGGCUCUGGUGGACUCAAGUGAGGCAGAUGUAAUAGAAGACUGUACCGUGGGAUCGGACUAUUCUCCAGAUAAUGAUGGUACAUUCCAGCCUUCAACUUUAACAUUGCAUAGCGGCAUUUGUGGUGAUGAUCUGAAGCUUGCUCUUUCACUGCCCUCUUCAACUCCCAAGGCUACUUUCAAAGAAGAUUCCAGUGACCCACUCAGUUACCAGUCAUCAGAUAAAAACCUGUACACAAUGGAUCUAAUGCAAAGAGAGACAGAGAGUAAAUCUUCAGGAGGUUGUAUGAAACAGAUCACAGAACCUUUUCUUGUGAAUCCAACAACACAAUCUCCUAAGAAACAAGUUGAACACGAAAGCAUAAGCAUGUGGAGAGAAUCUCAGCUAACACCCGAAUUUUCACACUGUACAAAAGAUCAAGAGUUCUUGAUGGAAAAUAAUAGCUCAAUGCUUGCUGGCCUAGAUACAAAUAAAAACAAGUUGGAGAAAAUGAUUACCAUUGCAAAAGGCAAUUCAAGCUUAGGGAUGACAGUAAGUUCUAAUAAAGAUGGCAUGGGAAUGAUAGUUCGCAGCAUUAUCCAUGGUGGUUCCAUAAAUCGUGAUGGACGAAUUGGUAUUGGAGACUGUAUAUUGUCUAUUAAUGAGGAACCUACUGCUAAUUUAACUAGUGCCCAAGCACGGGCCAUGCUGAGGAGGCAUUCUGUCAUUGGACCAGAUAUAAAAUCUUCUCCAACACCUGCUGAUGAUCAGGGCCCCUUUUAUGUCAUUAGCUAUGUGCCAGCAGAGCAAUUAGAAGAGUACCAAGCUGGUUUAGGGCAGCAGCCAGAAGGAACAAUGCCAUUAGAUGUUUUCCCUCCACACAUUGUGAGAGAAAUUCCAGAACUACCAGAACGUGAAGAAGGAGAAGGAGAAGAAAGUGAGCUUCAGAACACAGGCUACAGUAACUGGAAUCAACCAAGACGAGUUGAGCUCUGGAGAGAGCCUAGCAAGUCUCUGGGAAUCAGCAUUGUUGGUGGAAGAGGUAUGGGAAGUCGUCUGAACAAUGGUGAAGUUAUGAGAGGAAUCUUCAUCAAACACAUUCUUGAAGACAGCCCUGCUGGCAAAAAUGGAACCUUAAAAACAGGAGAUAGAAUUGUGGAGGUGGAUGGAAUAAAUCUCAGAGAUGCAAGCCACGAGCAAGCGGUGGAAGCCAUUCGAAGAGCAGGCAACCCAGUAGUCUUCACGGUACAGAGCAUUAUAAGUAAACCAAGGCCAAUAUCUCUUUAUGGCUCUUUAGCAUCCUCUGCUCUUGGUGGGCAGAAAUUUAAUAAUCCAUUUUACCAUCAGUCAUCACAGAAUUUCCCCAUGCCUUAUCUGCAGUCCAAUCCUUUCACUAAGCCUCCUGCCUUCAGCAGCACUAACCCUUUUGUUGAUCCUCUGCAGUUCAACACUAACAAGGUUGGAUUAUGCCCAUGUGUUUGUGAUGGACUUGGUGAAUAUUUAUGUGUUUAUCUUUUUUCCCCUUCCUUUCCUAGACCCUCAUUUAAUAAUAUUAUUAAUGCAUCCAGUCAGUCAGAUUCAGAGCCAGAAAAAAAAUCAUCCUGUAAUCUGCCCUUGCCUCCUCCUUCAGUAUUUCCAGCAAUGAGCAGUGAAAUUGUGCCGCAGUCCUCUAACAAUCACCUGGAAGAUUUGGAUAAGGAGGAUGAGUUUGGAUACAGCUGGAGGAAAAUCAGUCACCAGUAUGGGAAUCUGUCAGGAGAUCUGCACGUGAUAGAACUGGAGAAAGGGAAGACUGGAUUAGGACUCAGCCUAGCUGGGAACAAAGACAGAUCCAAGAUGAGUGUCUUUGUGGUGGGCAUUGAUCCAAAUGGAGCAGCUGGAAGAGAUGGCAGGCUGCAGAUUGGAGACGAGUUACUGGAAAUAAAUGGACAAGUUCUGUAUGGAAAAACACAUCAGAAUGCAUCUUCAAUCAUCAAAUGUGCACCUUCUAAAGUAAAAAUAAUCUUUAUCAGAAACAAAGAUGCUAUCCAUCAGAUGGCUAUUUCUCCUGGUAAAUCCCUGGUAUCAGCAUCUUCGUCUUCAGGGAUGGUUCAGCAUGAAGAGGGGGAAGUGACUAUUUCAAGCUCUAAUUUACCAAUAGAUCUGACUUUAUAUAAGAACGUUCAAAAUGUGGAACUACCUAAGGAUCAAGGUGGCAUAGGUAUUGCUAUUGGUGAAGAAGAUACACUUAAUGGUGUAGUUAUUCAGAACUUAACAGACCAUGGUGCAGCAGGAAAGGAUGGCCGAAUUAAGGUUGGAGAUCAAAUUCUAGCAGUGGAUGAUGAAGUUGUUGUGGGCUAUCCUAUAGAAAAGUUUAUCAGUUUGCUGAAAACAUCAAAGCCCAAUGUAAAACUCACUAUUAGUUCAGUUGAACCAGAAGGUCUGGCAAUUCCCCAGCCACCAUUGUCAACUUACAGCACCACUUUGACCGAGGGAACCAAUAUUCAGCCUUUACCAAUUGUUCCAUCAUCUGAGUCACCAGAACCAGAGUUAAUUAAAAAUGCAAGCAGGCCUUCAACUCCAGCUAUGUUAGCUUCUGACCCAGCCACUUGUCCAAUAAUCCCAGGUUAUGAAACAACAAUCAGUAUCUCCAAGGGACGUACUGGUCUAGGGUUGAGCAUUGUUGGAGGAGCUGACACAUUACUGGGAGCAAUUAUUAUCCACGAAGUAUAUGAAGAAGGAGCAGCAUCUAAAGAUGGAAGACUCUGGGCUGGUGAUCAAAUCUUAGAGGUGAAUGGUAUUGACCUAAGGAAUGCAACGCACGAUGAAGCUAUAAAUGUUCUCAGACAGACACCACAGAAAGUCCGCCUGACUGUUUACAGGGAUGAAGCCCAAUAUAAAGAAGAAGACAUGUAUGAUGUUCUGAGUAUCGAAUUACAGAAGAAACCAGGCAAAGGACUUGGAUUAAGUAUUGUUGGAAAAAGAAAUGACACUGGAGUGUUUGUGUCGGACAUUGUCAAAGGAGGUUUAGCAGAUCUGGAUGGAAGGUUAAUGCAAGGAGACCAGAUAUUAAUGGUGAAUGAUGAAGAUGUUCGAAACGCUAACCAGGAGACAGUGGCGGCCUUAUUAAAGGGUCCUUCAGAUUCUUUGGGAGUUAGUAUUGCUGGAGGAGUAGGAAGCCCCCUUGGUGAUGUUCCCAUUUUUAUAGCCAUGAUGCAUCCAAAUGGAGUUGCAGCACAAACCCAGAAAUUGAGGGUUGGAGACAGGAUUGUGAGCAUUUGCGGAACAUCUACUGAAGGCAUGACUCAUUCCCAGGCUGUCAGCUUGCUGAAGAAUGCUUUGGGCACCAUUGAAUUACAGGUUGUAGCUGGUGGAGAUGUCAGUGUCAUAACUAGCCAACAGCAGGAUCCACCAACAUCUAGUCUAACAUUUUCUGGUCUAACAUCAAGCAGCAUCUUUCAGGAUGAUUUGGGGCCCCCUCAAUACAAAACCAUCACUCUGGAUCGAGGACCUGAUGGCUUGGGCUUUAGCAUUGUAGGUGGAUAUGGAAGUCCUCAUGGAGAUCUUCCCAUUUAUGUUAAAACCGUAUUUGCAAAGGGCGCAGCAGCAGAAGACGGGCGCCUUAAAAGAGGGGAUCAGAUCAUUGCAGUCAAUGGGCAGAGCUUGGAAGGGGUCACCCAUGAGGAAGCUGUCGCUCUUCUAAAAAGAACAAAAGGAACCGUGACUUUGACUGUUCUCUCUUAAGUCCUGUCUCCAAAGAUGAGAUGGGAGUUUGUUUGCUGCCAGGCUGUUUUUAAUCAGGGGUGAAAAAUAACGAAUGGUAUUAUUUUUAUCCAUGGUUAGACAUAUCAUUAAAUUACAGAGAUUGACUUCUGUAGAAUAAGAAAGUGACAAAAUUUGAAAGCGGUAGUAAUAAAAUCAGAGUAGGAAAAAGUGAAAUGGAAAGGGGAAAAUGUAUGGAGUGAUAACCUGGUGGUGCAUGUUGUAUGAUUGUUGAGGGAUUUGUAAUGGGAAAUUCUGGGACUCUAACCUCUGGAAGACACAACAUUUUGGCUAAUGGUUAGCCAGGGUUAAUUUAAAGCUCUCAAACGUAUAUAUUCAUUUUAUUCAACAUGAGACAGACUGUUUUCUGGAAUAAUAGUGCUUAAGGAAAAUGCUUUUUUAAAAAAAAGAAAGAAAGGAAAGAGAGAGAGAGAAAGAAAGAAAGAAAGAAAGAAAGAAAGAAAGAAAGAAAGAAAGAAAGAAAGGUUUUCUGAUCCUUCAUAGAACUAUUCAACUGAGUUCAUGAUCUUCAUGUUCUUUCUUAAAUAGGGACAUUUUAUUAGGAGACAGGACAUAUGUGGUAAUUACGCCUAACUGUUGCAGAGUCCCUGGGAGUAGAAUAUUCUUUCUCUUCUUUUUUUGUGGGGUCAUCAGCAAUGAUAAGCAAACCUUUCAGAGUCAAGACUACAAAUUGCCUUUCAUCAUUGCAAUAUAUCUCAUUUUCACAAACGACCUAAGAAUUAUUGAUGGAAAGAUCAACCCCAAAUUCUGGCUUCUAAAAACACGUUUUAAUAUUCCCAGGGCUUGGUUGCAACAAAAAGAAAGUGAAAGCUUGACCCACUGAUUUUAAACCACCUAAUUAAAAAUAUUACGAUAUUUAACUUAGAAUAGCUUUACAUAUGGAUGCUUGCCUAACAGGUUAGUAAAAAGUGGCCUCAAGCAGUUCUCAUACAGCAAAUAAAGACACAGAUCCAACAUCCUUCUUCCCAGACUUUGAAGGCUGUGUAACUGCAGAAGACAAAAACUGUUUUUACUACAGGUGGUCCUCAACUUACGACCACAGUUGAGCCUAAAAUUUCUGUUGCUAAGUGAGACAUUUGUUAAGUGAGUUUGGCCACAUUUUACGACCGUUCUUGCCUCAGUUGCUAAGUGAAUCACUGCAGUUCAUAAGUUAGUAACCCGGUUGUUAAGUGAACCUGGUUUCGCCUUUGGCUUUGCUUGUCUAAAGGCAGCAAAAGCUGAUCGUGUGAUCUUGGGCAAUGGUCAUAAAUAUGAACCAGUUGCCAACCAUCUGAAUUUUGAUCACAUGAUCAUGGGGAUGCUGGAAAUGUAAUUGUGAAAAAUGGUCAUAAGUCACUUUUUUCAGCACCAUUGUAACUUUGAAUGGUCACUAAGCAAACUGUUAUAAGUCGAGGACUAUCUGCAUUUUCCUGCAGUUAAGUUCUCUAGUGUUGGGUAAUCCUUUGAACUGACUUAGGAGGAGCUUUUUUUCUGUCUUGUCCCAAAGUCUGUAAGUUUUACUCUACAAAUAUAAGCCAGAGUUCUUUGGGUCACAGACCACCCAGUGGGAUCGACUUGAACCCAUAAGAUCACAAUACUAAAUGUCAGUAGGGAAUUACAUAAACAUGAUUUUUGUGUUUUUUUUAAAGCAAAUAAUAAAACAGGUGUUAAUGCCCUAUGGUUGGCUUAACCUUCUCCAUUUAACACAUGCACACACACAAACACACACACAACACAUGGGUGCACAUACAGAGACACAUGGAGGUCUUAAGAUGCCAAAGCAAGACCCAGCCUUCUUUUAUUCUUUUAAAUGAUACCUUUGCUCAAUGUUACAAGUCUUUGGAAUCUUAGGAAACCAAUGCAUGUGUGCACACAAACAUACACACAGACAAACAGCAAGUUAAAGCACGAGAAUGCCACACACAGAGACACCCUUCAACAUUUUCCAAUGUCACUUCUCUUUCCUAGUGUCAGCCACUGAUUUCAAAUUAACGGUAUUGGAUUAAGGUAGAAAAGCAUAUUAAGUCAUCCUCUGGUCUAUCCUUGCCAUAAUCUAUAAUCCUUGUUUAGCGACUGACUGCUUUGUACAGCAAUGAGUUGCAGUUUAUGACAGUGAUGAAAAAGUAACUUUAUGACCAGUCCCUGCAUUUACAAUUUUUGCAGGUCUGUAAAGCAAACGAAGGCUAAAGUAUGAUCAUAAGCACAGUUUCUGUUUCACUUAGUGACCACUUCACUUAAUGAACACGUGGCGGGUCUCUGUUGUUAUUACUAAACAGGGACACCUGUGUUCUUGUGUUAUGAGUUUGUAAAUUGUGCAAUAGUUCAGCAGGAUUUUAAAAAUGUAGCUCAAAAUAUAAUUACUGCCACUAGUUAGGAAUAGGAAAAAAAUGAGAAAGCCAACAAGGGGAAAUUAAUUUUAAUUUAGUUUAGGGUUUGGGGUGUUUUUUGAGAAUUUGUUUGGCUAUGUUCUGUCUGUGCCUGCUGCUUUUAUGUGCUAAUUACUGAAAUUCUGGAAAAUACUGUUCCUUAUAACUACUCUAUUUUUUUCUUUAUUUAUAUGGGAAUGAAUACCUCAUUAAAAGACCUACUAACAUUAAUUGGGACAAUGUAUUAGUGUGUCCCUUUUUCCAGUUAUUAUCCCAAAUUAGCAUGUUGGGGUAUAAAUGUAUUUAUAUUAAUUUUUUUAUUUUGUUUGUGUUAACAUUUUAAGUCUAUAUCCCUGGGAUCUGCAUAUUAAAAACACCCAAAGAAUAACACUUGGAUGUUAAAAGUAAAUGAAGAAAAAUACCAAUUUACAAGAGGAUGGUAGGAUUAUAGAACGUAAGGAUUGGAUGGGCCUUAGAGAUCAUCUAGUCCAAUCACCCAUUCAGUACAGGAACUCCUAUUAUUAUACUUGGUAUAAUAGCUCAUUCAAACAUACCAAAUGAAUCAGUAGUGGGUUUCAAUUUUGUUCGCUACUGGUUUGCUUGUGGGUGCGCGUACGUGCUUCUGCGCAUGCGCAGAGACAUCCGGCAGGUGGGCAGAGCCUCCCGUCGCCGCUACCAGGUCGCUCAAUCCAGGGCGAACCGGUAGCAACCCACCACUGAAAUGAAUACUGAAAAAGCAGCUCAAUUCCAAGCAUAGUUUACUUUUUAAUGAAACAAACUUUGGUUACAGUCCUGUGUACCUGAAAAAAAAUUGCAUUGUGGCUUAUAUAUAUGGAGUAUGUUUGUACUGCUGUUCUCUGGUUCUUAAAAAGGUCUGUAGAUCAGAGCGUGAAGGGAAAUUGCCCAACAAAUGAUGGAGCAGGGAUUUUUUUCCCCCAGGCCAAAAAAAAGUAAAAGCAUUCAAAUAAGGCUGCCAGGAUUCAAAGUAAUAGACCCAUAGCAAACAAAACUCUGAGGCAGACGGAUUCCUCAAAGAAUAGCUUUAUUGGCUUUAUCAUAUUGGCACAGAUCUGGUGAAAACCGACUCUGAAGAUUCCUGCGGACCAAACAAUCGGUCACAUGGUCCAAUCAAGACGCUGUCUAGUUGCUUGGUGACCUCACUCCUCCUUCCUCAGGCCAGGUGUGAGAAUGUCCUUGGUUCCCAAGAGAAAGUAUUUUAUUGUGGCUACAAAACCUUAGCUAUCUCUAAUUCCCCCCUCCUCAUACCUUAGCUCCAGUGUGGCAACACUGAAGCUCCAAGUUGGCUUCGGUCAGGUCAGCUUCAGGGUUGACAGAGGCUACAAGUAAAACAGGAUAGUAUUUUGCAGAGGACUUAAUUUCUUUCUUCCAUUUGUCUUACCAAGAAAAAAGCCCCUUCCUUUCUCUUUCCCUUCCUCUCUUUCAAGAGGCCCAGCCUUCAGGAAACAGUAUAAACCAGGGGUCUCCAACCUUGGCAACUUUAAGUCAUGUGGACUUCAAUUUCCAGAGUUCCUCAGCAAAGCUGGUUAAGGAACUCUGGGACUUAAAGUCCACAAGUCUUAAAAGUUGCCAAGGUUGGAGACCCCUGAUAUAAGCUAUUAACUAUUUCAUAAUUGCUGCUGAAUGAAUGAUAGAGUCCAUCUCAACCUAAGCAAACCUGAUUUAGAAAAACUAUGAGAGAUACCAGUACAGGCAGUCCUCUACUUACAACCACAACAAUUGUUUCCAGCGUUUCCAUUGCAAAGCAAGGUGCUUGUUAAGUGAGUUGUGCUGGAUUUUUCAACCUCCCCCCCCCCCCCACUGUUAAGUGAAUCCCAGAAUCCUUAAGCAAAUCCAGCUUCCCCCGUUGACUUUGCCCUCCGGGAAGGUCACAAAUGACAAUCACCUGAUCCUGGAAUGUUGCAACUGUUGUACACACAUGCUGGUUGUCAAGCAUCCAAAUUUUGACCACGUGACCAUGGGGGCGCUGCAAUGGUCGUUACGCACAAGACCAGUCGUACCUUACUUUUUUCAGUGCCCUUGUAACUUGGACGAUCACUAAAUGAAUGUUUGUAAAUGGAGGACUGUAACAUCCUCAGAAUAACAGUCUUUCAGGUGAUUUUAGAAAGCAGAAAUUCAGGAGGGGUUUAGGGGCACCUUUUCACACUCAGCACAUUUAUAAAAAGGCAUAAGCAUCUGAUGAUGCAGCCGCUGAUGAAGGGACCAAUAAUUCACAAUAUCUCACGCCUUUUCAUGAAGUGUAUUGGUCUGAAAAGGUGCUAUCAAGACCUCUUUUGAUUUUGGGCUACCAAAGGCUAACACAGCUUAUUCUCAUACAGUGUCUUAGAGUGGUAGUAAUUGGUUCAACAGGAAUUCCUGAUAUCAUUAGCUGACAUUCAGAUAUAUAGAAAAAAAGCUUCCAUCAGUUACAAUUACUGGCAAUCUGUGUUGGAUUCUAGUCCUGUAUGCAUUAACAGUGUUGUAGAGCAGGGUGUCCAACCUUGGCAAAAUUAAGACUUAGGGAUUUCAACGCUUAGAAUUUCCCAGCCAGCCAUGCUGGCUAGGGAAUUUCGAGAGUGAAGAAGUCCUAAAGUUGCCAGGAUCAGACACCCCUGGGUGUAGAGCAUGUGAUACCUAUGUGCAACCACUUAAAACCUCCUCUAUAUUUGUAACAGAUGUAGUGUACAGAUAUUUUAUUAUUUUUUAAAAAAAUUUCUCUGCAGUAUUAGCUUGAUAAAUGUGAAGUUAAUUGUGGUAAACAAAUAAAAGGUUAAACAUA